AUGCAGGGUCUUAGAAGCUUCGCAACACUUAGUCUUACCGAGCGCAAGGCUGCCAAGAUAGAGUCCCCGGAUGUGUUGUCUUAUGUGUUCCGAGGCAAAAAAACCUUGACUCCCGAAGAAGAAAUCGAGGAUACCAUGAUGCUGCAGAUUGCCGCUGGUGACACGACUCUUUCUGCCUUGACCUUCUGCAUGUAUCAUCUUGCGAUCAAUCCAGAAAUCCAACUCGCUCUUCGCAGGGAAAUUGAGAAUCAUGCAGAUGCUACCAAGUUGACCUUUGAAGCAAUUCAAGAUCUUCCGUUGCUGGAAAGCGUCAUUAAUGAGACCCUCCGAGUUCAUCCAGCCGUUCCAUCUGGUUUACCACGCUUGGUUCCUCCAGAGGGCCUCUACAUUGAAGGUACAUAUAUCCCUGGUAAUACCACCGUCAGCUGUCCGACCUGGACUAUUCAACAUAGUCCCGAGAACUUCGCCGACCCAAAUACCUGGAAUCCAUUCCGCUGGAUCAAACCUUUCGAAACCCAUAACCCGAAAGCUUUCAUUCCAUUUAGUGUGGGGCCAUUCAACUGUGUAGGUAAAGCCUUUGCUUAUAUGGAGAUGAAGCAAGUCCUUGCAAGGAUGGUGACUACCUUUGAAUUCCAGCUAGGUUCAGCGGAAGAUGGAACCAGGUUAAUCAACGAAAGUCAAGACCACACAGCCAUGUCUUGUGCCCCCUUGUGGUUGAAGAUGAAGACAAUAGUUAGGGAACAGUAG